CAAUAACUGCUCCCUGUCUCCGUAGCAACAGGCAAAAUAUAGGUCUCCUGUAACCCAGUCAAUUUUCACUCGGCAAGGCAACGUACAAUCGUUCAGGAAAUUGUUGCAAAUACAUCGACAUUUAAAUUGCAGAAUGGCGGCUACACAGAGGACCCAGAAAGAGAUGGUGGACAAAGUUACACAACAACUGAAAACUGAGGAAGAUCCCAUGGUACGGUUACGUCUGGCCUGUUUAUUGCGAGGAUCGUCCGGGAUCAAAGGUUUGGGCAGAUGUUUUAAGAUCAUGGAUGACGAUGGUAAUCGAUCACUUGAUUUCAAAGAGUUUAAGAAGGGUAUCCAUGACUACGGCAUUAGUGCAGAGAUGAGUACUGAGGAUAUUCAGGAAGCUUUCAACAAGUGCGACAAGGAUGGUAGUGGCACUCUGGACUUUGAUGAGUUUCUUGUACAACUCAGGCCUCCCAUGAGCAAAGCCAGGAGGACAUUAAUAGAAAAAGCUUUUAAGAAGCUGGACAAGUCUGGUGAUGGUGUCGUUACAGUAGAAGACCUGAAAGGGGUUUACAAUGUCAAGAAACAUCCCAAGUAUCUCAAUGGAGAGUGGACAGAGGACCAGUGCCUACGACAAUUCCUGGACACAUUUGACAGUCAGGACAAAGAUGGAAAGAUUACCAGUGAAGAGUUUGUCAACUACUACGCUGGCGUCAGUGCCUCAGUUGACAGUGAUGUGUACUUUGAUCUGAUGAUGAGGCAAGCGUGGAAACUGACAACAUAGUCAGAUGACCUUUACCUUGAUGGUAGCUCUGAAAGAGCUGAAGUAACAAGUUGUGUCCCAAAAUAUUUGUCUACUGAGUAUAAGGAACUAAUGAGAGUUGCCUGACUACAGUCUUUUGGGGGAACAGACCUGUCCUCUAUACCAUUACAAAUGGAUACAUGAAAUGAGACUGAACAGCUGUGUGACGUUUCAAUACUUACCUAUUCUUGCCAAGUUCUAAUCUGUAGUAUCCGACAGUGGGACAACAGUCCCGAUAACCACCACUGUCUACAAUUUAUUGUGUUACACAGGCCCAGUGUGUUCCCUUACUUCCGCUUAGGCAAGUAAUGGGUAUUGUCCAGUCGAGUGUUAUUUAAUUGUUAAGAUGUUCUUGCCUAAGGUAUGAAAACAACUAUAUAAACAAGAAAUGAUUUUAUUUAGUUACAAAUCUGCUGGAAACAUUUUUAAUGAAGGAAUAGAAUAUAUAUAUAUAUAUAUAUUCUGUAUGUUUUUAAAGAAACAUGAAAUUACAAGUUGAAUGUGAACUAAAUUGUCCAGAUUUUGAAAAAUGUCUGUUUUCAAUGGAAAUUAGUAUUAGCUUCAGGAAUAUAAUGUUGGUUUAUGAAUAUCAGUAUUAAUAACAUGAAGUACUUGGCUCACUUGCACACAGCAAGAAUAAUAUCACAAUCAAUCUAAGGUACAGUCGACCUUACAAUCACCCUACAAUUAGCAUUUCCCACACGAGUAGUCUACAUAAUGAACACUGUGCUGAUCUUGGCCUGAUAUCAGAAUCCAAGCUAAACUAGAGUUUCAGAUUAGCUGCCUUGAUACACAAGAUCAAAGCCAUAUGUUGCAGACACCUUGUCCAUGGUGUGUUGUUUCACACUUCUUCCAGCAUUAAGCCAGGUGGGAAUGGUAAUCUGAGAUAUCCACUCAGUAGUAUAUGUAGUAACAGUGUGUUGUGUACUGACUUCCAGGUAACCAGAUUUUUUUGUUAUUUAAUCUCAAGUGCUGCCUUAUUGUUGAAGUGUUGAUCCUGAUAACAGGCUUCAACAAAAUAUGAAGGCAAUGCAUAGGUGUGAAGUUGUAUAUUGAUGUGAAAUAGAAGCUGAUAAUAGAAAACAAUGAUGCUAGUUUGGUUCCAAACUGUUGUAAGUUGUAGCUCACAAAGAUCUUAAGUCACUUGUGCAAGUAGACGACAACUGAAGCCGAAGCCAGAUAAAGAUCUCAGGAUUUGCAGUAGUUGUAGCAGUGAGAUUGUUUUGUGCAAGUGGGCCUUGAUGCACACCUAGACACCAUUACCCUACAGAUAUUCAGUCCAACAUCACCUUGAAAUACAUCACUCAUAUGAACACUCUUCAUAAUGUUUUUAUGGAAGUAUUACAUAUAGAUUCUCCUUUGUACUGUCUUCCCCUUGUAUUGUGGCUGAAUGUUUACCUGUAUCAUGGACAUAUUGAUAGCGUUCCCUUAUUGGAUUAUCAUGUAGUGGCUUUCAGUGACAUUCAUUACACAUAAACGUAUUCAGGGAUGGCAUUUUACCGCGGAUUUUAUUUCAAAUUGUUCAAUUGUGAAUCGUCUAAAUCCAUUGAGAAACCCCCAUUCGAUGACACAAUAUUAAGUUUUCCUCUGAAAAUAGAUUUUCCUGUUGCCAUCCCUGCGUAUUGGAGACCUGCCUUGAAGGCUGACUGUCCUGUCAAUACUGGCUUGUCUGCUUCAGACUGAGUAACAUGGUGGACAUGGUGUUUUUGUUGACAUAAA